AUGAAGUUGCUCCUGGUUUCGGCCCUCUGCCUUCAUGCGGUGACCGCAGCUGGGAUUCUCAGCCUGCCGGCGAAAGCGGUUCCUGUAAAGGUGGAACACAUCCAGGAUCUCUUCUACUUCAAAUGGCUGCGACCCGAGCAACUGCAAUUGAUCUCCCAGGUCGAUAAUCUGCCGGAAACCUUCUUUGCGGUGAUUGGACAGUAUUUCAGUCGUUUGCCAAUUGAGGGCGGACAGCGUAGGGAAGCCAAGGUCGCCAUCGUGACGGCUUGCCAGAAAAUGAUUUCCUCUGUUACCGGCUACGACGACGCGGCGAUGAUGAACUUGAUGAAGAUCGGUGAAAAAAUGACUGCUGACAACAUCCCGGCCGAUAUCCAGAUCAAUAUGUUCCACGAGCUGAUCACGACUGCUCCGGAAUCGCCGCUGAAGCCCGUCGGGGUCAUCGCCAUGCGCGCCUGCUUCAACUAUGACCAAUUCCCGUUC